GAGAGUCAAGAUGGCGGCGAGGGGGAGCGGGAGCAGCCCCGGAGCCUGAGCCGCUGACAGGGGCGGACUGCGCGGCGGCGGCCGGAGGAGGAUGGCCCGCGGCGCUGGCGCCGGAGCGGACGGCGGUGCGGGCGGCGGCGGCGGCGGCGGCGACGGCGGCGGCCGCGGCCCCAACAGCGGCAGCGGCAGCGGCAGCAGCAGCAGCAGCAGCGGCAGCAGCAGCGGCGGGAGGAGCCUCCGGGAAAUGGAUGAAAAGAGGCUGCUGGAUCCAGGGUUGAAAGUUUGUGGAGGCCUCUGGAGUUGUGUUCUGAAGAACCAGCAGAUGGAAGGUCUGAGUGACUGAAGAAAAUGGGUGCUAAUGCAUCUAACUAUCCUCAUUCAUGUUCCCCGAGGGUAGGGGCAAAUUCUCAAGCCCAGCAGACUUUCAUAGGGACAUCAUCCUUUUCUCAGCAAGGCUAUGGCUGCGAGUCAAAAUUAUAUAGCCUUGACCAUGGCCACGAGAAACCACAAGACAAAAAAAAGAGAACCUCGGGCCUUGCCACCCUCAAAAAGAAGUUUAUUAAACGUCGAAAAUCUAAUAGGUCUGCUGAUCAUGCCAAGCAGAUGCGAGAACUCCUCUCUGGGUGGGAUGUUAGAGACGUCAAUGCAUUGGUGGAGGAAUAUGAGGGAACUUCAGCCUUAAAGGAACUUUCUCUACAAGCCAGUUUGGCUAGACCAGAAGCCCGGACAUUGCAGAAAGAUAUGGCCGACCUGUAUGAGUUCAAGUAUUGUACUGAUGUAGACUUAAUAUUUCAAGAAACUUGUUUUCCUGUUCAUCGUGCCAUUUUGGCGGCAAGGUGUCCAUUUUUUAAAACAUUGCUUUCUUCCUCACCUGAAUACGGGGCAGAGAUCAUCAUGGAUAUCAGUACAGCUGGUAUAGACAUGCCCAUGUUUUCUGCUUUGCUACACUACCUUUAUACAGGAGAGUUUGGAAUGGAGGACUCAAGGUUUCAAAAUGUCGAUAUCCUUGUUCAGCUUAGUGAAGAAUUCGGAACACCAAAUCCCCUCGAUGUAGAUAUGCGUGGACUCUUUGAUUACAUGUGUUAUUACGAUGUCGUCCUUAGUUUCUCUUCUGACUCUGAACUGGUUGAAGCUUUUGGUGGCAAUCAGAGCUGUUUAGAUGAAGAGCUCAAGGCUCACAAAGCUAUUAUUUCAGCAAGGUCCCCAUUCUUUCGAAAUUUAUUACAAAGGAGGAUACGAACUGGUGAAGAAAUCACAGACCGAACUCUGAGGACUCCUACAAGAAUUAUAUUAGAUGAGACCAUUAUACCAAAAAAAUAUGCAAAAGUGAUAUUACACUGUAUGUACACUGACGUGGUGGACCUCUCGGUGUUGCACUGCAGCCCUUCUGUGGGCAGUCUCAGUGAAGUCCAGGCUCUCGUCGCAGGGAAGCCAAACAUGACCAGGGCAGAGGAAGCCAUGGAACUUUACCACAUAGCAUUGUUCUUGGAAUUUAACAUGCUUGCACAAGGCUGUGAGGAUAUCAUUGCUGAGAGCAUCUCAUUAGAUACCUUAAUUGCCAUCCUCAAGUGGAGCUCUCAUCCAUAUGGCUCUAAGUGGGUACACCGACAAGCUUUACAUUUCCUCUGUGAGGAAUUUUCCCAGGUCAUGACUUCGGAUGUUUUUUAUGAACUCAGCAAAGACCAUCUGCUUACUGCUAUCCAGUCUGACUACCUACAGGCAAGUGAACAAGAUAUCCUUAAAUAUUUGAUUAAAUGGGGUGAGCAUCAGUUGAUGAGAAGAAUAGCAGACAGAGAACCGAACUUACUAAGCGGUACUGCUCACAGUGUGAACAAAAGAGGCGUGAAAAGACGAGACCUGGACAUGGAAGAACUGAGAGAGAUCCUCUCCUCCAUCCUGCCUUUCGUGCGGAUCGAGCACAUCUUACCCACCAACAGUGAAGUCCUCAGUGACACGAUGAAAAGAGGCUUGAUUAGUACUCCUCCAUCAGAUAUGCUUCCUACAACGGAAGGCGGCAAGUCAAAUGCCUGGUUACGGCAAAAAAAUGCUGGGAUCUAUGUGCGCCCUCGUCUGUUCUCCCCCUACGUGGAAGAAGCAAAGUCAGUGCUAGACGAGAUGAUGGUGGAACAAACAGAUCUUGUGCGUUUGCGGAUGGUCAGGAUGUCCAACGUGCCAGAUACGCUGUACAUGGUCAGCAAUGCCGUGCCACAGUGCUGUCACAUGAUCAGCCAUCAGCAGAUCAGUAGUAACCAGUCCAGCCCUCCUUCAGUUGUGGCCAACGAAAUUCCAGUUCCUCGUCUGCUCAUCAUGAAGGACAUGGUCCGUCGUCUACAGGAGCUCCGCCACACGGAGCGGGUGCAGCGGGCCUACGCACUCAACUGUGGUGAGGGGGCCACCGUGAGCUACGAGAUUCAGAUCCGAGUGCUGAGAGAGUUUGGCCUGGCAGACGCGGCUGCAGAGCUCCUGCAGAACCCUCACAAGUUCUUUCCAGAUGAACGUUUUGGAGAUGAGAGUCCACUCUUGACAAUGAGGCAGUCACAGGCCGGGAGGUGUCGCGUGAACAGCACCCCUGCAGCAGAAACCAUGUUUACAGACCUGGACUCUUUUGUGGCCUUUCAUCCGCCCCUGCCCCCUCCACCGCCACCGUACCACCCUCCAGCGACCCCGCUCCAUAACCAACUCAAGGCAGGCUGGAAACAAAGACCUCCCAGUCAGCAGCCGUCACGGUCCUUUUCUUACCCCUGCAAUCACUCGCUGUUUCACUCCAGAACAGCCCCGAAAGCUGGCCCCCCGCCCGUCUACUUGCCAGGUGUCAAAGCGGCAGCCCCUGAUUGUACCACCCCCUCUGGGCUGGGGAGACAGACGGUAGCUGCUGCCACGGCGUCCGCAGCGAUAGCACCAGAGAAGCAAGUGUGCACACAACCCGCCCUCAACGACCUGAUGCCAGAUAUCGCCAUGGGGGUGUCCACUCUGUCACUCAAGGACCGGAGGCUUCCAGAACUUGCUGUGGACACAGAAUUGAGCCAGCCGGUGUCAGAAGUCGGACCAGGGCCGUCUCAGCAGCAUCUGUCGUGUGUCCCCCCGAGACACCCGCACACGUCUCGGAAGAAACACACGCUCGAGGCCAAGACGGAGGCUCGGGAAGCUCAGCAGGAGUAUCCGGAUUUCUACGACUUCUCCCACACUGCCUGCAGGCCCCCCACCCCCGCCCCCGGCAGGCGCAGCCCUUCCCCUUCCAGAGGCGGAUACCUGGGUCCCGACUUGUACAGCCACAGCAAGGCGUCACCGAACAGCUUGAAGCCAGCCUGCCUGCCCAGCCAGGCGUCUCCGAAGAAGCAGGAGGCUCGGAGAGACUGCCCACGGUCCCCGGAGCGGCACCCGCACCCUUCAAAGAGCGAGCCCAUACACCUCGACGUCUUCGAGCAGCCGCCCCCGCGGGCAGACUUGGCCCCGGCAGCCCCCGAGACCACAGGCAGCGCGGCAGGCACCCUGGCCCACGGCAGGGGCCGAGCAGCAGGAGAAACGGACCUGACAUUCGGGCUGACGCCCAGCCUGCCGCCCCACCCUGCUGCGUGUACCUCCGAGGCGUCUGAAGAGAGAGCCAGCCGAAGACUGGCCGAGCCAGGGGCCCCGGGCCCGGGAGCCUCACGGAGCACACAGGUAGAGAGGGAAGACUCACUCAGCAGAGGGAGGAGAUCCCCCAGCAAGCCCGACUUCCUCUACAAGAAGUCGGCGCUCUGAGAGCCUCCCCGUCGGCCGUGCAUGCCGGGCGGUGACACGUCCCUCCUUGGGAUGCGCCAACGACGCACGGACAGUCUGUCGAUGCCAGCGGAUAACUCGGUUUCACAUCCUUCUGUUCUCUUUUCUGUAUAUACAUGUUGAUUAGACAUGGCAUGCUAAGAGGGUUAUUUUGAAUGCUGCAUCUGUCUAUUUUGUGUUGAACAAUUGUGUGAGGAAACGUUUUUCAGAGCAAGCAAGCUGCCGCCUUUCCCUCCCCCCUUUAUAAAUGAUGGAAUUCUUUUGCACUUGUACAUCUAUUUUAUCUGUAUUAAUUUUAUAUAAGUAUGUUAAACUUUAUUGCCACAUUUAAAGGACUGUAUUUUCAUACUUUUUUGCAUUUUACCUUUCAUCUACCAAUUUUCACUACUGUGCAGUGAAUCGCACAGUCAAGAUGUAUUUUCUUAUGAGAUAUUUCUGUCUUUAUUUUUUAAUUAUAGAAAUUCCAAAGAACAGCACAUCAAAAUGCUCCUCUCUUUUCAGUAACUGUCUUAAGUUCAGAAAUCUUCCUGCUCAGAAGUCUAAUGUCAUUCUUAUUUUUUUAAUUUUCAUCCAAGCGGGGAGCUGGUUCGUACUUCUCCAGCCAGAGUCCCAUCAGAAACCUGACGUGUUCGGGCUCCAUGAAGAACAGGAAGGAGAACAAAUGGCCUUUCACCCCCAGACAAGAGCUGCGGCUUUGCUCACUGCGGGUAC